UCCAUUUUAUUUAGUGUUUCCAUCUCUCUCCCAUAUCUGCAGCGACAGCGCGUCUCCAACACCGCAUCGCACUCUCCCUAACACAUCCAAUUCCUCCACCGGCGGCGCGUGCGGAACACGAAGCUGACUCAUUCCUGCACGUGUUUCCCAACUUCUCUCCUCUCCUCUUAAGCAUAUCGGAAAAGCAAGAAGACCCUGCCAAUUUGAGAGAAGAAAACCGGAUAAAUGUCAACCCUUCCCCCGCCACUGAACUUGAAAGCUGUCCCCUUUGAGGCCACAGGCAGCUCCUCCGCCGCCGCCAACAAAGACCGCAGGAUGCAAUCAUCUGAGCAGUUGGUUCUCGAUCUUUGCAAUCCGGAUCUCCGAGAAAAUGCGCUUCUCGAACUUUCCAAGAAGAGAGAGCUUUUUCAAGAUCUGGCUCCAUUGCUGUGGAAUUCCUUUGGCACCAUUGCUGCUCUUCUGCAGGAAAUAGUCUCCAUUUACCCAGUUUUGUCACCGCCAAAUCUGACUCCUGCACAGUCGAAUAGAGUUUGCAAUGCACUUGCUUUACUUCAGUGUGUGGCCUCACAUCCGGACACAAGAAUGUUAUUCCUCAACGCGCACAUUCCUCUCUACUUGUAUCCUUUCCUUAACACGACCAGCAAAUCAAGGCCCUUUGAGUAUCUGAGGCUUACAAGUUUAGGCGUUAUAGGUGCUUUGGUCAAGGUUGAUGACACCGAAGUUAUCAGUUUCCUUUUGUCUACGGAGAUCAUUCCCUUGUGCUUGCGCACUAUGGAGAUGGGAAGUGAAUUGUCUAAAACAGUGGCAACUUUCAUUGUGCAAAAGAUUUUGCUUGAUGAUGUGGGCUUAGAGUAUAUAUGCACCACUGCGGAGCGCUUUUUUGCAGUAGGUAGAGUGCUGGGGAACAUGGUUGCUGCACUGGCUGAACAGCCUUCAUCACGGUUGCUGAAACACAUAAUCAGAUGCUAUCUUCGAUUGUCUGAUAAUCCAAGAGCUUGCGACGCCCUGAGAAGCUGCCUGCCUGACAUGCUUCGAGACGCGACCUUCAGUAGCUGCCUUCGUGAGGAUCCAACCACGAGAAGGUGGCUGCAGCAGUUGCUUCUCAACGUUCAAGGGCCUCGGGUUGCGAUGGAAGCUGGUGGUUUUGAUCAUAUGAUGGGUUGAUGAUUUAGAGCUGCGGCAUAUCAUAUUCAUGUCUCUCUCUACAUAUAAUUAUACUAUAAAUUUAUAGUGUCUAAUUUUAUGACUGAAUUUAGCUUGGAAGUUUAACCCAAAAACCACAAUCUUGCAAAGCUAAAAGCUUUGUAUAUUUUUCAUCAUGGUUUGCAUUACCAUUUGUGAGUUUUUCUUA